AUGUUUAUAAAAUCAGUGAAAAAUCCGCCCGUAUUAUGUUUACGCUUCUUGGUAUCAAGCAGAUCGAUUCACGCAACUCGUGUCCUUAAGCUUUACUCACCGGCUGCACUCGGGAUUGACGGUUAUCUUCAAUCACGUAAGAGAAUAAAGGAUCAGUUUUCAAAUUUUUCUGAUAAAUUUAGGUCCAAAAUGAAGGAUUUUGUUUUCGAACCAAAGAAUAUGAUAUUUACAGAAGAUUUAAAAAAUAUGGUGCACAUGGCAGAGCCCGCUGAUUUAGAUCUUGUUUUAAAUAUGAUUAAAAAGUUUAAUAGUCAAAACAAUGAAUUUAGAUUUGGUUCUUUUAUAUUUGGUCCAGUAGUUAUGAGAAUGUUUCAUUUCCUUGAUGCUCCCAAUGAAGCAUUAAAGUGUUUUGAAGAUCCAGAUAAUAAUAGUUUCUUUGACCAACAAGUAUCCUAUCAGAUAUUGCUUGAUUUAUUAUACAAUCAUGAAAUGUAUGAAGAAAUGUAUAGAGUGUUCGAAAAAGUACAAGAAAAACAGUUAAAUAUGACAAAGUUUCCUAAAUAUCCUCUCAUUCUAAUCCUAGCAGCUUGCUAUAAACAAAACACACCAAAAAGUAUGGAGUAUGCUUCAAAAAUAUGGUCUGAAAUGGCAAGUGUGGGAACAAUACCUGUCAGAAGAGCUGCCACAUUUUUUGCUGCACUUGCUUUAAAGCAGGGUGCACCCCAUGCAGCAUUGGAAUCAUUAUCAAUGCAAAAGCAACAUUAUGUGACUGUUAGAAAUAUUAAGGCCAUUGCUUUAGCAGAUAUGGGAAGAGUAGACGAUGCUUUACCAGUACUGAGGGCUGUCAUGGAUAACGACACACCAGAACAAAAAGGAAAACACACGUUCUUUGAAGAAACAAUUUCUAAAGUGCGGAAUGCUGUAGAAAAAGCAGGUAAUAAAGAUAUUCAAAAGGAGUUUGAAAAUAUCGAGAAGGCACUGAGAGAUCGUGACCUUAUUGAUUCACAGACUUUAGAUCAGUUGCUGACUUCGGAAAUCACUUUUGUUAAAAAGACGAACGAGACACCAAGAGGCAUGCCGCGACUUCCAUACGGCCAGCGGCAAAGAAGAAGGAGUGUCGAAGAAACAGUGUGA